AUGCACCCGCCUCAUGCCGGGAGGGGCCCCGCUACCUCAGGCUGGGCCCUGCGGACCGAAGGCUCCUCGUUGCGGCAAUCCAGGAUCCGACUUCAGCAGCUGAGGAAUACAGCAGCUAACACCAAGACCCCACCCUUCGGCCUUUUGCAAACUGACUUGGCUGGCAAACACAUCAUUUUAGAAAGGUAUUUACACAUCUGCAGCCCUCUCCCCUCGCCCGCCCCCUCCCUCCCACUGCAAGUCAUCACUUACAUCUUGAACUUUCUACCUAUAUCUGACAGAAAAGAGGCAUCUUUGGUUAGCCGAGCCUGGUAUUUUGCAGCCCAAGACUCUCUGCGACAGCACCAGCCUCAACUGACCACGCUGGACCUGAGAGGCUGCUCUGAGCUUUCGGACCGGGCUGGCCUGGCCAUCAGUUCCCGGCUUCUAACUCUUCGUUGCCUGCGCCUCGGGAAGCUCCCGCGAAUGACCGAUGCCGGCUUCCAGGGAAUGUCACACCUGAAGCAUCUCCAGAGCUUGGACGUGUCUGAAUGCAGUCUGCUGAGCUGCAGUGAGCUGGUGAAAGCUUUUGGCACUAGCGCCAGACCUCCCGAGCUAAAAUCCUUGAAUGUUGCCUUUUGCUCAUUACUAAGGGAUAGCACAGUGCUCUCUCUGGCUGGCGCUCUAAGCAAGAGCCUUCGGGUUCUGGAUUUGUCGUCUUGCGUGUCGCUUUCUAACCGAAGCGUCCAAGCCAUCGCUUCCAGUCUUUUACUCUUGACUGUCCUCCGCUUGGCCUGGUGUAAGGAACUGACCGACUGGGGUUUGCUGGGGAUCGGGGAGCCCAGAGAGGAGUGUGAACGCGCCAAAGAGGAUCUGGAGAAGGAUAAGAUGAUGGUCAUUAACCUCAACCAGCAGAAGGCCCAAGAGCAGCGCCCAACCUCUUUGAACGCCUUGACCCGUCUGCAGGAGCUGGACCUGACGGCCUGUGGGAAGCUGACGGACAUGAGCAUAGCCAAGGUCAUUAGCUUCCCAGAUCUUCGCUACCUCUCCCUCAGCCUCGUGCCCAACAUCACCGACACUAGCCUCCUCGCUAUUGCGCGCAACUGCCGGAGCUUGGAGCACCUUUCGCUGAGCCACUGCACAAACCUGACGGAUAGAGGCUUUGCCGAGGCAGCCGGUGCCUUGUGCAGGUUGCAGCAUCUCAUUCUUUCUGGCUGCAACCAGCUGACGCCCAGGACCCUGAAGUCCGUUGGCCAGGAGUGCCAGCUGCUGAAGUCCUUAGAUGUCUCCAUGUGCAGCAAGAUCAGCAUGUCCGACGUCGAACGCUUCCAGUCGCAGCUGCCCCCUCAAAGCCAGACCAGCGUCCAGUCACGGUUUGUGGGUGGAGCAGAUCUUUCCAUCACCCUUUGA